AUGUCCAAGGUCGAAAACGAGAAAGACAUUGUGGAGUAUGUGGUGACCCCGCAGGAGCCGGUGAACGAGGACCACCACGACCACGAUGACAAAAUCGAGAAGGGCGACCUCGAGCAUGACAGCCUCCUGGCAUCCGGUCACAUCCAGUUGACGGCCGACGAGCUGUCAGCCCUCGAGGCCAAGCUGCCCGAGUGCUCGGCCGAGCAGGCCAAGGAGAUCCUCGAAGAGGUCUACACUGUGCACCAGCACGACCCGCGAUACGACCCCGAGACGCUCGAGCGGAUGAAGAUGUUCAUCAGCGACAAGAACAUCAUCGCCAACCCCGACACGUACCACUCGCUCAUCUUCGAGAUGCGCAUCCUCGCCCUGCUGACGUCGACGUCGUCCGCGUACCCCGAGGUCCGCGCCGUCGCGGCCGACAUGGACGACCCGACCCUGCCGUCUCUUACCAUCCGCGUGUGGCUUAUCGGCACGAUCCUGUCUGCCAUCGGAUGUGUCAUCAACGCAGUGUUUGUGAUGCGCUACCCUGCUAUCUCGAUCAGCUCGAAUGUGGUCCAGCUCGUGGCCUACCCCAUUGGUGUCGCCAUGGCCAAGCUCCCCAACUGGAAGCUGUUCGGUCUCGAGCUCAACCCCGGGCCGUUCAACAAGAAGGAGCAUCUGCUUAUUGUCAUCAUGUCUGGCCUCGGAAUGGCCUUCCCCCCGACGCAGCACCUCAUCCUCGCCCAGGCCAUGCCGCAGUGGUUCGGCAUGGAGUACGCCAAGAAGGCCGGAUACCAGUUCCUCGGUGCGCUGGGCACCAACAUGAUCGGUUUCGGCUUUGCGGGCAUCACGCGUCGUUUCCUCGUCUACCCCUCGUACUGCGUCUGGCCGGCGUCGCUUAGCACCAUUGCUCUCAACAACGCGCUGCACGACCACGCAGGCUCGCGCACGCCCGUGCGCGGCCCGUUCAAGACGGUCUGGCGCGCGAGCAUGUACAAGUGCUUCUGGAUCGUCUUUGCCAUCUACUUUGUGUACUACUUCUUCCCGGGCUACAUCUUCCCCAACCUGACCAUCUUUGACUGGAUCGCGUGGAUCAAGCCCACGAGCGGCACCCUUGUCGCCAUUACGUCGUCCAACUUUGGAGUGGGAGUCGGCUUCAACCCCCUCCCGACGCUUGACUACAACUACCUCGCCAUGCCAGGAGGCUACUUCCCCAUGUUUGUGCACUACAACUUCUUGGCCGGCCUCACCCUGGGCCUGCUGCUCGCCAUCGUCUUCUGGACCCGCAACGUCCUCAACACGGGCUACCUCCAGAUCAACUCGCCCAGCACCUUUGACCACAAGGGCAAGUCGUACGUCGUGCGCAACAUUGUCGACAAGUUUGGCAGGCUCGACAACGCCAAGUACCAGCAGUACUCGGAACCGUACAUGAGCGCUGGACGUCUCGUCGGCUUCAUUGGCACCUUUGGCUACACUACUGGCACCCUCACCCACACGCUCCUGUACAACCGCCACGAGCUCAUCAUGGGCUUCAAGGGCAUGAUGGUCGACUUCAAGCACUGGUGGGCGCGCAUGCGCGGCCGCGCCGUCGAGGGCGAGGUCAUCAACGCCGGCGACGACAUCCACUACCGUCUCAUGCAGGCGUACCCCGAGGUCCCCGAGUGGUGGUUCAUCAUCGUCGUCCUCGCGUCCAUGGUCAUCUCGUUCUGCUGCCUCGGCAUCUACACUCCCGUUUCGCCCGGUGUCGUCAUGAUCGCGCCAAUCCUCACCGUCAUUUUCAUCAUCCCCGUCGGCAUCGUCACCGCCGUCUCCGGCCUCGAGCCCUCGCUAAACAUAAUUGCGGAGAUGGUAGGAGGUGGUAUAGCCGGCGGCGACACCAUGACGGUGCAGUUCUUCCGCAUGUUUGGAAGUGAGCCGGUGUACCAUGCGCUCAUCUACGCCAAUGACCUCAAACUCUCCCACUACGUCAAGAUUAACCCGCGCCACAUGUUCUGGGUGCAGAUCUGGGGCGGUCUCCUCGGCACCUUCAUCACCGUGGCACAGUGGAACUGGCUCAUGGCCAUCCCCAAGGUGUGCACUCCGGACGCGCCGUUCCGUCUCAUCUGCCCCGGUGGCCAGGGCGACUACUCCAACUUCAUCUUCUGGGGCACACUUGGUCCUCACCGCCUGUUCGGCAAGGGCGGCCGCUUCACCUGGCUGCUCAUCGGUCUCCCGCUCGGUGUUAUCUUCCCCAUCGUCAUGUUCGUCCUCAAGAAGCGCUUCCCCCGCAACAAGGUCCUCCAGGCCAGCCACCCCCUGCUUCUCAUCCUCUCGUUCGGCUGGGCGUCAGGUGCGUCGUGGGGCUCGUACGUCCCCGGCCUGUUCAUCAACUUGUUCUCUUGGAAUUUCCUCAAGAAGCGCUACCUCGAGUUCUGGUCGCGCUACAACUAUGUCACCCUCGCCGCGCUCGGCACUGCCAUCUCCAUCAACGCGUUCCUCGUCUUCUUCUGCCUUGUCUUCCCCGGUGUCGACUUCCCGACCUGGUGGGGCAAUGGCGGUGGCACCCCAGGGUGCAUUGGCAGCUGGACCAACGCCGACUGUGGACGGUACAAGAUUGGAGCGAAGGGUUACUUUGGCCCCGACCCGGGCAACUACCACUAA